GCAAUGGCUAUGGGUGAUACUAAAACAUCGAGACAUCCACGGACCCUUAGAAACACCUACAGACAACAGACAGAUAUCCAGAGAUAGGCACUGACAGCUACACAGGCAGCAACCAACAUUAACUACACAGACACUCACUUCUACGGACAUGGGAGCCGCACAGAAGUGCAUGUCCCUAUAGUUAUUUUUGGUUGUCUGUAGAUGCCUCUAUUGCUGUCUGUGUGGCUGUCAGUGACUACAUGUGUACUGUCCGUAGGUGUCUGUGGGUGUCUUCAUGUUUUACUAUUACCCCAAUGGCUAGUAGGUAUAAUCUCAGAGCACUCGAUGAUUUGAGCUUUUCUGAUAUGUUUUCAAAGUCGAUUCCAUACAUAAAGGUUAACGUUUACACAUUAACAUGGGUCCAUGAGUGAAAAAUCUUGGACGCUCAAAUAGUCUUUGUCGGUCACGCGCAUAGUUCGGAUUUUAGCGUGACAAUAACUUUCAAUAUUUCUUAUUAUUUAGUCUUUCUUGAAGCAGAUUUGGCACAGCACAUUACAAAUGUACCACAAUCAAUAUCACCAUAUGUUCCGUUGGCAAGUAUAUUAACUACCGGUACUCCAAUAUUACCUAGCGAACGUUUAUUGCCAACAACCACGACAUCAGCCUCAGGAAGUAACGAUCAAAUUGGUGGUAAGAAUCUUUUUACACUUUUCACUAAUCUAUUAGUAUUCCAUGAUAGCACUGGUGGCUUACCAUCAUUAUAUACUGAUGAUGGUACAUUAGAAUAUGUUCCUCUAAAACUUAGGCGAGCGAUAGUUGAAGGUGCUGAUGUUAAUCUAGCCCAAUUACUAAUUCCUUAUGAGGUCUUUCUUGAAGCAGAUUUGGCACAGCACAUUACAAAUAUACCACAAUCAAUAUCACCAGAUGUUCCGUUAGCAAGUAUAUUAACUACCGGUACUCCAAUAUUACCCAGCGAACGUCUAUUGCCAGCAACUACGACAUCAGCAUCAGCAAGUAACGAUCAAAUUGGUGAAGUACUAUCAUCGGCUUCUACACUGUUAUUAUUGCCGAACGAAGUGUUACUGGAUUUUGUUUUCAAAUAUCUAUCAUCGGCAGAUAUCAUUUACUCAUUCUUUAACAUUAAUCAUCGCCUCAACUGUAUAGCAUACCCCUUUCUGGAACACAUUGAUGUAUCAAUAUUUGAGGAAGAAAAACUAAAUGUAAUUUUACCGUUCAUGCGUGACGGGACGAUAACCAUGCAGUUGGAUCCAAAACAAUUAGAACAAUUAUUUCCAACACCAUUGACGGAAAAUGUGCAUAUUCUUUAUCCUCAUUUACAAUCAGUUUUAUUGACAAAUGACGAUGUUAAUGAUGAAAAACGUCUCCAUAUACUCAAAACACAACUAUUGUCGUUCAAAAUCAAAUGGAAGCAAACAAAAGAAGAAUUACUAAUGUCUUUAACGGGUAAAUUUCAGUUGUACUUCUUUUUUCCUUAUAUUUCAACGACUGUCUUGGUUUUAGCUUGUUUAUCAAGUUUAGACAGCUUGAGCGCUGCAGAUAUAAACGAAUUAAGAACACUACGUCGUCCCCCAAGGGUUGUUAAAAUGGUUAUGGAAGCUGUUUGCGUCUUACUGAGACACAAUAAUGAUAAAACAUCAGCGAGUAAUUGGCAACGGUUGAUGAAAGGUAGGAGUCAGUUUUUAUCAAUGCUACUAUCGUACGAUAAAGACAGUAUUAGCGAUGAAUGUUUGACAAACCUCAAGCCUUAUAUGGACCAAGAAGAGCUACAAGUGCAUAACAUUACAAAAGCGUCCAAGGCGUGUGCAUCAAUUGGACGUUGGGUACAUGCAAUGUAUAAGUAUGCAAUGGUGCGACGGCAAAUAGAAUAUCAGUCAAGAUAUAUGGACUAA